GCCCGGCCUGCUCGCGGGGCGGGAGGGGGUCCCACCGGGGGAGUCAACAGGGUAGUUUUCCAAUUUCGGUUUUUGCACGCCCCAGGGAGCCCUGGCGGGCUGUAUAUAUAUGGAGGCUUUUCUUCCUUCUUUCCUGGGGGCCGGGAGGCACGCAACCCCAUGCGAUGUUGUGGCAGGGACACUCCUGCACGGUUUGUUGGUCCUGGCAGGAAAGAGCGUCUGCAGAGAGCCCAGCACCAGCGCACACCCCACCCAGAAAAGCUACUGCCCACCCACCCCAUGAUGAUGGACCACCCUUCCCGGUCGUUGCCUGUGCCUGUGCUGCACCCCGGCGCCGGCAGCACCCCGGCACCCCCACACGCACUCCCACACCCACGCACAGUCCUCACCACCACGUCCUACUGCCCCAUCAAGGACAUCGCCGUCAUGCACAACCGGUUCUUCCCCGACACGUUCCCGAACACCCUCACCACGACCACGCUGCAGAGCCGCAGGACCGCGUCGAAACUGCCUGCCCUCUAUGACAGCGGCAGUGGGAGCACCCCCGGCAGCACGGAAAACCCGCUGUCUCCCUCAUGCAGGUCCUCGUCUGUGUCCGGAGCCUCGUCCCCACCCCAAACUCCGAACGCCGGCUCCGCCGCUGCCCCCCAAAGCACAUCUGCCGAGCUCCCGGCGCCAGUCAGCCCCGCUGCUCCUGCAGGCCCUAACUCCGUUGCCAGCACAAACUCCAGCACCAAGCUGAAGCUCAAGUUGACCAACCAGUUCUUCAACGAGAAGUCCGACAUCAAGCCCUGGCUACAGAGCAGGUUGAGCUCCUUGGGCAUCAACAUCGUCAUCGAGCGCUCCGACGACACGAAGAUCGUGUUCAAGUGCAAAUACUCCUUCUCCCAGCCACUGGGGUCCUCAUCCAGUACCUCUGGUGCUGCCAAUAGCCCCAGCAACAGAAAGAAAAAGUUCUGCCCCUUUAGAAUCAGAGCAAAUUACUCAAUAAGACUCAAGCACUGGAGUCUGGUCAUUGUCAACGACUCCCACAACCACCCGCUUCCCUUGGUGAACAUCGAGGACGUUCAGGACAAACUUUCAGAAAGACAUAAUACAGACUGUAACAAUAGCACUGACAACACCAGUCAUAACAAUGCUGAGAAUGGCAAUAAUUACACACACUCUCCAAAUUCCACCAUUGAUGCCGCAGAGGAGGAGAGGCAGCAUCCAACGAAAAGAGUGAAGCGGUCGAAAUCUAGCAGCAGAAUCGCCCUUUCCCCGCUACCACUUCCUCCAUCGACGACCAUCAGUGCUGCUGCCCAAGACGGCAGCAGUGUUCCCAUUCCGCAAAAGACGUCUCCGAUGUUGACUCUAUCAUCGGAAAUGACGCGUAAGUCAUCAGGGAGUGUGGAUUCCUUAUUGAACACCGAGAACAACAGCAGCAGCAACAUACCAAACAAGCUUCCUCCUCUAACGUCCUGCACACAGCUGCCAGCCAAUAACAUGGACUACCACCUUCGCCAGCCACAUUUUCUCCAACCCCAGCACUUGGAUCCUGCCUAUAGAAUCCAGGUAAAAAGAAUCGAAGAUACCCUCAAGGGGUUGGAGAAAAUCGACUCGAUAACGGAAGACUCGAAGGAGAAGAUUUUCAGUAACGUUCUUUCGGUGCUAAACAACUCGAUCUCGGAAGCGGCAAAGCCGGCUGUUACUGUUUUGGCAUCGCCUCUCUCACUAGCACACUCAAACUCCUCCGCUGCCUCCUCCUCCUCCUCCUCCUUGUCCUCAUCCUCCUCCAUCCCCGCAUUCAACCUUGGCAAAUUAAUAGAAAACCCUCCCUCGCUGCAUAGUCCUUCUCUCGGAUCCUCGUCGACGCAUCAGUCGUUCAAAUACACCCCGGCACCACUACACACACACAUCUUCGACUCUUCCAGCCAGGCAUCGGCUCCUCUAUCCACGUAUCCCCAUGCGUCAGGAAAGUUCGGAGAGACGAUCAUUCUCCCAAGCUUGGACGUGUUAAAGCGGGGUCUAGACAACAACGCAGAUUUAGACAACCACGCGAAACCACACAACAAUCAUCUGACCAUUUCGUUAGGGUACAACAACGGUAUCGGUAAAGAAUAUACAUAACGGGCCUCUAUCUUCUCUUUUUUUCUUCUUCUUGAGCUUUUCACCCUUUGCCUGUCCUCAUUCAUAGAGCUCUUCUUCCGGCAACUUUUACUAUCGCAUUUAUACUUUGACUUUUUCUUCUUUUUGUAUUUGAUAC